AUGGGACAGAACUUGAUCCUUAACGCUGCCGACCAUGGUUACACCGUUGUUGCUUUCAACCGGACUGUGUCCAAGGUUGACCACUUCCUCGAGAACGAGGCCAAGGGCAAGUCCAUCGUCGGAGCCAAGUCGCUCCAGGACCUGUGCGAGAAGCUGAAGUCUCCCCGAAGAAUCAUGCUCCUCGUCAAGGCUGGUUCGGCCGUUGAUGACUUCAUUGCCGCUCUCCUCCCCUUCCUCGACCAGGGCGAUAUCAUCAUCGACGGUGGUAACUCUCACUUCCCCGACAGCAACCGUCGCACCAGGGAGCUCGCCGCCAAGGGUAUCCGGUUCGUCGGCGCCGGUGUGUCUGGUGGUGAGGAGGGUGCCCGCUACGGCCCUUCGCUCAUGCCCGGCGGUAACGAGGAGGCAUGGCCCCACAUCAAGGACAUCUUCCAGAGCAUUGCCGCCAAAUCCGACGGCGAGCCCUGCUGCGACUGGGUUGGAGACGAGGGUGCUGGUCACUUCGUCAAGAUGGUCCACAACGGUAUUGAGUACGGUGAUAUGCAGUUGAUCUGCGAGGCCUACGACAUCAUGAAGCGCGGAUACGGCAUGAGCAACUCUGACAUCGGUGAUGUCUUCACCAAGUGGAACACCGGUGUUCUCGACUCGUUCCUGAUCGAGAUCACUCGUGACAUCAUGAAGUACAACGACCCCGCUGAUGGCGCUCCCCUCGUUGAGAAGAUCCUCGACAGCGCUGGCCAGAAGGGAACCGGAAAGUGGACUGCCAUCAACGCUCUGGACCUGGGUAUGCCCGUCACUCUGAUCGGAGAGGCUGUCUUCGCCCGAUGCCUGUCCUCCAUCAAGGAGGAGCGUGUCAGGGCUUCCAGCAUCUUGGAGGGACCUGAAAUUCCCGCAUUCACUGGUGACAGGGAGGCUGCCAUUGCCGACCUCGAACAGGCUCUCUACGCUUCCAAGAUCAUUUCGUACGCUCAGGGCUUUAUGCUGAUUCGUGAGGCUGCCAAGGAGUACAAGUGGAAGCUCAACAACCCCGCCAUCGCCCUCAUGUGGCGCGGUGGAUGCAUCAUCCGCUCGGUCUUCCUUGCCGACAUCACCAAGGCUUACCGUGCCGAGCCCGAUCUUGAGAACCUGCUGUUCAACGACUUUUUCAAGACUGCCAUCCACAACGCCCAGGCCGGAUGGAGGCGUGCCGUCAGCAAGGGUGUUGAGUUCGGUAUCCCGACGCCGGCGUUCUCGACCGCCUUGUCGUUCUACGACGGUUACAGGACCAAGAACCUGCCCGCCAACCUGCUCCAGGCCCAGCGUGAUUACUUUGGUGCCCACACUUUCCACGUGAAGCCCGAGAACGCCUCUGAGUCGCUGCCUGCUGGUGAGAACAUCCACAUCAACUGGACCGGAAGGGGAGGAAACGUUUCGGCCAGCACCUACCUCGCAUAAGGGAAAAAUAAUUAAUUUCAGUUCCCUUUGUAUUUCUUGCAUGGCUUGUUCUUUUUUUCAUCUUCCUUUAUGU